CGGCCGGGACAGUAUUUUCCUCGAUCUGAUUGAUGACAUUCUUAACAUGGGUUGGUAACUUCAUUUCAAUAGCACGAGUUCAACUGUUCAUGGAUCAAGUAGUUGUCACCGCGCUAAUGAAAGAUGCCCAAACUCUUAGUCAGAGGCAACUUGAAUGACAAUUGGCAAAUGAGCCUGCCAACAUGUAUAAAGGGGAAAGACAGGGAGAGAAGAGACCCGCCCAGCUCUCCCUGUUGCCCAACAAUGGUGGAAACCCCGCCACUCCACGCCUUCUCAUUGAUCACAUCUCCCAACCCAACGAGAACUUAGUUUAAUUCAAUCCUUCUUGCCCUUUUGCAAUCUCCAUCAACGGAGCGAGCCCAUGAUUUUUUGACCCAAAUGGCGAAAAAUGGCCUCGUUCCCUACCCGAGCGCCUUCAACACUCUGCUGAGUUCUCUCGUUCGGUCGGGCUCGUUCGACGAGGCAUGGCGUCUGUUCAGUGAUUCCAGGGCCAAAGUCGGUGUCGUCGACGAGCGGAGCCUCGGGAUCAUUGUGAAGGGCUGCUGCGAAGCCGGUCGCUUGGACCGGGGUUUCAAGAUUUUCGCUCAGUUGAAGGAGAUGAACUGGUCUCCAGUGGCUUACGUGUACACGGCCUUGAUCGACGGCUAUUGCAAACACGGCGACGUCGAAAGGGGGGGAGAAUUGUUCUCCGAGAUGAGCGAGUUGGGUUUAGUCGCCAAACGCAACACCUACAGAGUUUUGAUUGAUGGGUAUUUGAGAAAAGGCAUGAAGGAAGAUGGUCUGGAGCUGUACCGAAAGAUGAAGCUGAGCGGGGUUGUUCCGAGUGUACAUACUUGCAAUCUCAUGAUCAAUGUGCUUUGCAAGGGAGGUGAUGUGAACGGAGCCUUCGAACUGUUUGAUGAAAUGGGCGAGCGAGGGAUCGCGUAUAGUGUUGUCACAUUCAACACUCUCAUUCAGGGGCUGUGUCGUGACUCGAGGGUUUGGGAAGCCGAGAGGUUGGUGGACUUGAUGAAAAGGAGUGGUAUUAAUCCAGACGUGAUCACCUAUAACACGCUCAUACACGGAUUUUGUAAUUGUGGGAAGUCGGAUAAAGCUUUCACCUUAUUUGAUCAACUGAAGUCAAAUGGUCAUUCCCCAUCCUUGGUGACAUACAACACUUUAAUUGCAGGAUCUGCUAGAGCCAAGAAUUUGCCUGCAGUGACUGAUUUGGUGAAGGAGAUGGAGGAGAGAGGCAUUGCUCCUUCGAAAGUGACCUAUACUAUUCUAAUAGAUGCCUUUGCACGAUCAGACGACAUGGAGAAAGCAUCUGACAUCUAUGCAUCCAUGCAGAAGGCUGGAUUCAUUCCUGAUUUGCACACCUAUGGUGUCUUAGUACACGGGUUGUGCAUUACUGGUAAUAUGAAGGAAGCAUCAAAGUUGUUCAAGUUGAUUCGUAAUGGAUGCGUAGAGCCCAAUGAUGUGAUAUACAACACAAUGAUCCAUGGAUACUGCAUGGAGGGCAGCUCGUAUAGGGCCCUGAGUCUGCUUACAGAAAUGGGCAAGAAAGGAAUGGUUCCUAACUUCGGCAGCUACAGUCGUACUAUUGAGGUUCUUUGCAAGGAUCAGAAGUGGGAAGAGGCAGAGGAUUUACUGAAUGCCAUGGUGAAGCUAGGUUUGAAACCGUCUGUUUCUCUUCAUAAUGUGAUUGCAAAGGCAAAGAGUGGCACAAGUUAGGGUGGCAAAACUCAUCUAUGUACAUUAUGGAGCUCUUUUGUGGAAGAAAGCCAAUUUCUAUACAUCAACCAAACGGCAUUAGUUCAUAGAGUCACUUGGCGGUAAUUGACCAGUGCCAAUGGGCAAGUAUCGACCCUUGCAUCUGUAAGAUGUAACUUGCAUCUUGGCGUGUUUUCACCUAAUCAUAUGUCUACCAUCACAUUGGUUGGGUAUCAAGUUGUGCAUAAUUUUGUUAAUGCUUAGGCUUUGCAGUUUUAAGAUUUGAAUAUCGACUGUUUUGUCGUGAUUUUACUUCCUAUAACUACUGUGUUGAUCUUUGAUUGCUGUUAUUGACCCAACACAAAAGGUCAUCCUUUGUUGUUGAGAA